GUCAUCGAUUGUAAACAUGUAGCAAUCUGAAUACGCGUACGCGUGUGGAGUACAAUUAAUUUCGAGUUUGUUAAAUUUUGUUUGAAGAGCUCGCGCUCAACUGAAUACUUAUAGUAAUGAGUGAUUCCGAAUCAGAUAACAACGACCAGGCUGAAGGUAUCGAACAUUUCAACGGUCCGGUAGAAAAUGCAUGGCUGUUGAAAAUACCGGAAUUCAAACAGGAAGACAACCCAAAUGGUUUACUGGAGGAAAGUGCGUUCUCGUGUUUGUUUCCCAAGUAUCGAGAAAAGUACAUCAAGGAAUGUUGGCCACUGGUAGCGAAAACUCUGGAUGGACACAAUCUGAAGGCAGAGUUGGAUCUGAUUCAGGGUAACAUGACGGUGAAAACCACUCGUAAAACGUGGGAUCCAUUCAUCAUUCUAAAGGCGCGUGAUGUGCUUAAACUUCUCUCUCGAUCGGUGCCCUACGAACAGGCUGUUAAAGUUCUGGAUGACGAAAUCAGUUGCGAUAUAAUCAAGAUCAAGAAUCUUGUACGGAACAAGGCAAAGUUCGUGAAACGAAGGAACCGGCUGAUCGGACCUAACGGGUGCACUUUGAAGUCACUGGAACUACUAACCAAUUGCUACGUAUUGGUACAGGGUGCGACCGUCUCUGCAAUUGGUCCAUAUAAAGGACUCCAGUGUGUCCGAAAGGUUGUGGAGGAGACAAUGAAAAACAUUCAUCCAAUCUACAACAUAAAAGCUUUGAUGAUUAAAAAAGAACUUAUGAAGGACGAAAAGCUUAAGGACGAAAAUUGGGAACGCUUUCUACCCCGGUUUCAAUCGAAGAACACCACCAAACGAAAGAAACCGAAAGAGCAGCAGCAGCAGAAGAAAAAAAAGAAGGAGCAUACACCUUUCCCGCCGCCACUACUGGAGAGCAAAGUGGACAAACAGUUGGCCUCGGGCGAAUAUUUUCUUACCGAAGCACAGAAAAACGUCAAACGGGCCCAGGAGCGGCGUGAAAAGGAGAAAAAGAAUUCCCAGAAGCAAAAGGCACGUCGCGAAAAGGACUUCGUCGCACCGGACGAGAGUAAACCGAAAAAGGCUACCAAGGAGAACGAUAAAAUCGAUGUCAAAGCGUUGAAGGGCAAAAUUGCAAAAGCAAACAAGAAAAUGAAAGCUAAAAAAUAAAUGUUAAUUAACUUGAAGUUGAUCGUUAUUUCUGUUAGGUGAAUUACAUUUUUAUUUCCCAGCAAAUAAUAGAAAAACAACUUCAGAUCAUUACGAAAUAGAAAUUGGGUUUUGCAUAGCCAGGAACACAA